AAGUCUCAUCUCGCGAGUUUGUGACGAAGCUGUGAGAGAAGCGGGCCGUCAGGGUGAGAGGAGCGGGAUACUCAAACUGCUAUCUAUUCGGGACUGUGGGCAGUGUUAUGAAAAUCGGAAUUCGCAGGACACUUUGGAGAAACCACUGUUCCUGUUAAGAAACCUGUUGAUGCUAUGGAAACAAUGGAAAGAUACCAGGAUGCAGGGUACCAGCGAACCAGCAGAGCAGAAUCUGGAUCUUCUCAAAAGAAUGUUCUGUCAUGCACAGAGUGGCAAACCCCUUUAGUGUCUGGUAAAGCUGUCAGCAGAUUUCCUACUGGUUAUGGGAUCAUAAAAGGUGACCCAAGGUCUGGGACCUCCUGUCUCGAAGGUAUGGAAGACUUUUGUAAUGCUAGCAGAAACAUGACAUUCCAGCCAAUCAGAAGCCAAGUCACUAUCCCUACAGCUCAUGUCAUGCCUUCUACUCUUGGCCAUAAAGACUCUGCAUCGCAUGCCUACUCAAGUGUGACUCCUCCAGACCACACUACAGCAGAAGACACUAGGAAAUUUGAAACACCUAAUAUAGAACCAACACUGAACCAGUCUGGCAUACUGGAUGCAUUUUGCACAGAUCACCGUCCAGGUGCUCCCACAGGCAUAGUCAGUGCAGACACUGAACCAUAUGGUGCUCUGCCUGAGAUAAGAGCUAUUGGAAAGGGGGAAUUUACAUGCAAGAUAGGACAAUCUGCUACAUAUCAAAACAGUCAUGGGUGGAAGCCUGAGCAGUACAGUCUGCAACCAGGUGCUGAAAUUAGUGCUUGGAGACAGCAUCAAAACGCUGAGAACAUGAGACUAAGAAUGGAACAGCUCCAGAUGGUGAGACCCUGUCCCCCGACACCUGUGUAUAGUUCAGGACUGCAGUCUGAUCCUGGGCAGUGGGAAAGAAUCUUUAAGACAAGAGAGAGUGUCCUGCUGGAGAAGGAAAUGUUGUUGGAGAGACAACGGCAGCAUAUUUUACAACUGGAGCAAAAGCUAAGAGGAAAUGAGGUACAGGCACAUAGCACUCUGCUGAGCCAGACCAGCCCCUAUAGUGACGUGUAUAUAAUGAAGAUGCAGGAACUGCAGAGGGAGAUUACUUUCCUGCGGGCACAGUUUGCAGAAAAGGUGGAUUCUUCUAGCAGAGAAAAAGCAGACUUGGAAAAAAAGUUAAAUGCUGGUGAAGCAGAAAGCAGAGGCUUAAGAGAAGCAAUAAAGGAGGCUACCCAGAAACACACUGAGGAGCUAAGAAAGCAGGAAGAGCGGGUGAAGGGAAGGGACAAACAUAUAAACUCUCUAAAGAAGAAAUGUCAGAAAGAGACUGAACAAAACAAAGAAAAACAACAGAGGAUUGAGACAUUGGAAAGAUAUUUGGCUGAUAUUCCUACUGUCCAAGACCACCAAAAACAGACCCAAGAGCUUAAGAUUCUUCAGGAAAAAAGUAGCCUCUUGCAGGAGCAAGCGAGUGAGCUGGAAAAGAGGCUUGCAGAGAUCAGAAAUGUGAACAGAGAAAAGGAGACCCAGCUGGCAGCUGAAAAGUGCCGGGGACAGGAGUUGAUGAGUACCAUUGACAGCCUGAAAGAGGAAAUAGAAUGUUUCAAGCAAACGGAAUCGGGAGAAAAGGAAAAGCGUUUGAAGCAGGAGUCAGAAGAAUUCAGACAAGAGGUGCAGUCUCUACGGAAGGAGCAGGAGUGUCUGAGGAAGGUGAUAGAAAGUCAAAAAAAAAAGAUAGAACAGAUGUGCAAUAAAGUAAAGGUCCUGGAAGAACAGGUGGCACAGGAAGAAGGUACAGGUGAUGCCCUUAAAGAAGAAGCACAGAGGAAAGAAACUGCUCUACAGCAACUACGAGCAGCUGUCAAAGAGCUUGCAGUGCAGAAUCAAGACUUGAUGGAGCAAAAUGUGACUCUUCAGGAGCGAUUGCGUCAGACAAGGGGAGCAGAACAACCUGCUGAAUUAGAAUCUGGGACAAUCGUCGCCCUCUGUAGUGAGCUGAAUCUCUGCCUGAAAGACCUGAGAUCUAUAUGUACUCUUAUUAGUCAGAGAAUGGAGGGAAGAGACCCCAACUUGUCACUGCUCCUGGGGAUACACUCUGCUUCACAUUUUGAGGAUCAAGAUGGGACAAGUGAUUCAUUGUCUUUGGAUAAACAUCUGGAUGGAGUGAGGCAUUUGAAGAGAGAGAUUGAGGACUUGAGAACCACCAUAAGUGACCGUUAUGCACAGGAUAUGGGUGAUAACUGUAUCACACAGUAAGGGGACUGUUUUGUCAGUGAUGAGUUGACACAGGAUUUCACACAGACUGUGUAACAGAUAUAUCACCGUGAGUACUGGAAAUCCAUCCUUUUAAAAUAUAUGAUAAAGGAACAAAGUGCCUUAUGUAUGAACAUGACGGGUAUGAGCUGCACAUUAACGUGCAGGAUCUUGUGGUCAGUUCUGCAUGAGAGGAUAAUUCUAACUCUUUGCACACUGACCAACAUAUAAAAAUCAAUUUUGUGAGUAAAAGCUUUGUUUCUCACUGGACUGUAGAUUUAAAAACAUAAAUCCAGAAUGUUUCAUCUGAGAUAAAAUAACUGUAUUAGAGCACUUGCUGCAGGAAACCCUUGAGCUUAAUGUGUAUUGCAUUUUUAUUAAAUUUUAACAUUGGUUUGGAGAUCAAUCCCACUGGCAACUGCUGCUCAUUUAGCUCCUUUAUAAUAAGUGCAGAUUACUUAUCGGCUGAUGCACUGAGCUGUUUCUAAUACUGAAUAAAAGACUUCUUAUACUGUGUGACAUUACAUUCAUGUCUCUGAUCACAUGCAGUACUGUUUGCAGGCCAUAUAUUGGCUUCUGACUGAUUAUUUAUAAUUUAAAAUCUGUAUAUUUAUGUUUUUGUCUGCUUUGUGUUUUACCAUUAAAAUAAUAAACUUCAAGUUGUCAUAA